CUCUCGCUUGACUUUAGAUGAAUAAAUUACUUGCUGUAAUGUGGUUUAUAAACGCGAUAGUCUACGUAUGCUGCGUUGCCUAACAAUAUGUGUUGCUUACGGUUUUAAUAUUUUGUUGAAAUGUUAUGUGAUGAAGAAGAUGAAAUUCAGGUGUUCACGUGGUUCUCGUGUGCCAUGUGCUCGAUCUGCCUGCUCUUCGCGAUGAUGUCGAUGUGCAUCUACGGCAUCUCGGUCGGUUACCACUACGCGCAGAAGGAAAUCGCGCAAUGGACAGAACCAUACCGACAAUACCACGGACUUUUUCCGAACCGAAAAGAAACGGUCGGAAUACCCGGCGCAGGACUAAUACGGAACAUCUGGAACCUCAUGUGGUCAAUGCCAAGGUUCAUGUUAUGGGAGAUACCUAAGUUCUUCUUACUCGAGGCCCCGAGUUACCUCUUAAACCUUCUACCUUUAAACCUUCUACCUUACAAUCCACUUGGGCGAAGAAGGUCAGCAGGGGGAGGAAAUAGCACUGUUGUAGCAGCCCCUGGUCUGUAUCCAGCCAUGCAGAGCCCCCAGCCAGGCGAGGGUGACCCCAGGGCUCCCUGGUACCCCUCAGUGAGUCCCCCAGUCUGGUACAGUGUGGACACCAGCGCCCCCCCGCGGCCGAUGCAGGAUAAUGCUACAGACACACCGUUCCCUUGGGCCAUUGGAUUAAAUGAAGAAUCUAAGAUACCUUCUUUAUCAGAGGAUUUUGAAAAUGAAGAAAAGUCUGAAAAGCAAAGCGAAUUAGUUCCCAAAGCACCGCCCCCUGAGCAGAAAGACUGGUGGAAUGUGUACCUACCGGAGUCAACCACCCUAGAUCUUGAAAGGAACAUUGAUGGUUUGAAAAAGUUUCUUCCUCGCUUCAGAAGUUACAAAGCUUCAAAUGUGCAAAAGCGACCGUCCUGACCUGAGUAUAUCUGCAAAACAAUGACGAAAGUGUAUAAUAAUUGCAAUCGCUGAGGUGGAAUGCAGCCGGGUGAAAGUGUGACUGCCGCUGUGUAUUUUUUUCACCCUUGCGCUUUUUUUUGCGGGCUCAAUAAAUCAGUUUUUUCCCGUCA